UUACUUGGUUUCAGUGGAGGUAAAUAUUUAAACUGUAGUUAAUCCGGUUUACUUUAAACAAAACAAAAAAGCGCUAACCUUUUCACUUUACUUGAGCUUUUACAGUUAGUGGAAACGUGUUCGAUGUGUGAGCUAAGCUACAUUACCGCUAAUGUUACUGUUUGCUUGAUUAAGGUUUAGUGAGCAAACAUAACUUUACUUCUGUCCUCUCCCUCCCUCUCUUUCCGUGAGCGGAUUUGCAGUUCACUUUACGACCGCUAGAGGGACGUGUGCAAACAUUUCCAUGGCAACACAGUAAACUGAUAAACAGAAGUUUUACUGCUGUGCGAGACAAAAUUUGCGACAAUGGAGAAAAUAUGCCUCGAUGAAUCAGCUCUACAAGCGGUCGAUGACUACAUGGAUUACAAAAGGAUUGUGGGUGAUGAUGAUGGAGGACAACUGUUCACGCCAGAGAAAUAUGAGGAGUACAAGAGGAAGUUUCUCCCUCAACGAAUGAAAAACAGGCUCUAUGUCAGCGUUGGGGUCCCAGGAGGUAUCGACUGCAAACUCAUUGGUCCCGAGACACAGUGUUUCUGUACACAUAGAUAUAAGCAACACAAGACCGACUUUGAGGUGGUCCCCUCUGAGCGGCCUUUAGCCCUACCAUGCCAGGUCAGAGGGUGUCCUUGUUCUGCCUACCAGUAUGUUCCCCAGAUUGGGCCAAAUCCUGUCCGCUGCAGGUGUAAACACUUUCCUCAGGAUCACAGUGAAGCUUCUGGCCACUUAUGCAAAAAAUGCAGUUCCUGUUCUGGGUUCAAGAGCCCCUAUACUUGUGGUUGUGGUCAGCCAAGCUUUGCCCAUCAGACGCUGGUUGAGACAAAACUAGAGAGGGGGGCACGUGGUCAGCCUACAGGCAGAGAUGUCCCUUAUGCUGCCAUGGGGGGGCUGACGGGGUUCUGCUCCUUGUUGGACGGCUAUCUCGCUUUGGAAAUCAGCGACACAGAUCAAGACAGAGAAAAUGGCUUCCAGGAGAGAUGCUCCGCAUCAAGGAUCAAAGUAACGUUUACUAAAACAUCAAGCUCUGUUCGCCGUAAGAGAGAGACCAACAAACUGAAUACAAAAACAACAACAUUCGUCUCAGAGUCCAUCCGUCGAACUAAACCAUGCAAAUAAAUCAUACACCUUUUCUGAUUUGUAACAUUGAAUCUUCACUUGAAAACAUUCUGAUUGUUUCACAUAUUAAUUAUUUUCUUUUUCAGUGAAGUGUCUGUCUUCGUUAGUGUCGUGACAAAGGGGUACAACCAACUGUCAGCAACAGUCGUUAUUAACUCCCGUCUCACAACUAAACAAUCAACUGAAAAUAUAUUGAUCCAAUCAGAGCAUGGGGAGCGUUUGUGAUCCACAUCCCCACGUUUGACUUGGAAGCCUGAAAGCAUUUGAAUACAUUCUAAAGAUGAAAUUAUUGUGAGUUUAUCAAAUUUGGAGGUACAGCUUGGUGAGGAGAUUUUCAGUAUUUUGUGGUGUGAGCUGCAGAAAUACUUUGCAUAAAAACACACACAUAU